UUAUUCUUUACCGUCUACGUGCGACAUUGGUUUUGCGAUAAGCUUGGAAUUUCGCAGCCGGUGCGUAAAAAACCAGUUUCCCCCCCCUCGCAUAUAUUUAAGCAACAGAUGACCAACGCUUUGUUUAUUACGGCUCAGCUUCUGCUAGUAUCUUAACAAAAUGAAGGCGACGGCGAUAUAUUUCCUAUGUGCGCUAAUCUUGUGCCAAGUAGUGUCCAUUUUUUCACAGUGGGACUGGAACACCGCAAGGGGUUUUCAAAAUUCUCGCCGUCAAGGUCGACAAUUUAAUUUUGGCAAUAAUUUCGACUAUGAAGAUCAAAAUGCUAAUAAUCAAAACCAACAAACCAAUAAUAACAAUGGCAAUGUUAACCCUGCAAACUACGACGCAUGCUUCCGAAAUUGCCAAUUGAACGUGGUAAAGGAAUUUAACCCUGUUUGUGCAUCCAAUCAGAUUACUUACGACAAUCGUAGGAUACUAGGGUGCGCACAGCGGUGUGGAUUACAAAUAACGGAGAUAUCACAAAGUACCUGUCAACCAUCCGCCGGGGGAAAGUAGAUUUAACCGCAGUGUAAAAAUUAUUUAUUUUAUGUGAGUUGCGUAAGCUUUGGUCGUUUUUUGAUAAGCACGUGUUGGUUUAAAUCGCAGAGUGAUAUGCUUGGCGGUGUGACUGUCAAUUCUAAUGAAGUAUUAUUGUAUAAGUUGUAAAUUAAAUAUUCAUUAAACAGAUUAAGCAAACUA